AUUCAAAAAAAAUUGGCUGUGAAUCUAUGAUUAUAAUUACUAAAACCAAACAAGAUCAGUCUCAAAUGAUUAUUAAAUAUACACCUUAUUUGAAUCAUACUCCAGGUAGUGACAAUGAUAUUGAAACACUUAGACUUUCAAAACAAAUUCAAAAUUACAUUGCACAACAAAUGCGUGAUGGUUUAGAUGUUAAAGCAAUUAGUCGAUUUUUUAGAAAACAAGCAUAUAAUUUAGAUAAAAUUUGGAAUCAACUAAUUAAAGAAGAUCAAAUUUUGCAUGAAAUUGAAGAAGAAAGUCUUAAUUUAUGGUAUCGUAAGCUUUUAAACAAUGGUGAUUUAACUUGUACUAUAGCUCAAUCAGAAAGUAAUAACAAUGAAGAUAAAGGACAACUUUUAGGUUUUAUAAUUUCAAUUACAAAAGAAAUAAUCUAUAAAGUUAAUACAGUUUUAUUUGAUGCAACACAUAGCACUAAUAAAAAAAAUGAUCAACUUUAUACUUUUCUUUUACCUGAUUUUAAAACCAGAAAAGGAUUACCUCUUGUACAUCUUAUUUCUUCUUGUAAAAAUACUACAUCUGUGCAAUUUUGGUUAUAUUGUCUUCAUAUUCAAUUGUUAUAG